AUGGUCACGGCCCCGGGCGCAACGGGUACGGCCGCCGUCGCCGUUGCUCACCGUGGGCCUUCCUCCUCGCUCAUCCACCACUCGCCAAAGGUACUCGUCCUCGACCUCGACGAGACGCUCAUCCACUCGACCAGCCGCAACCCGACCUGGAGUGCGCUGGCCGAGAAGGGACGGGGCGCCUCGAUCUCGACCGAGGUCGUUCUCGAUGGCCGCAGCAUCGUCUACCACGUCUACAAGCGGCCCCACGUCGACUACUUUCUGCGCAAGGUCGCCUCAUGGUACCACGUCGUUGUUUUCACCGCCUCUGUCCAAGAGUAUGCCGACCCGGUCAUUGACUGGCUCGACCAGGGCCGCGGCCUGAUUGGCACCCGCCUCUUUCGCGACUCGUGCACCUACAGGAACGGCAGCUACCAAAAGAAUCUCGCCCACGUCGACGCGGACCUGUCGCGCGUCUGCCUGGUCGACAACAGCCCGGCCUCGUACCAGAUCAACCAGGCAAAUGGCAUUCCCAUCGAGGGCUGGACCCACGACCCAAAUGACGAGGGCCUCCUCGACCUGCUCCCCGUGCUCGACUCGUUGCGCUUCGCAAGCGACGUCCGCCACAUUCUCGGCGUAAGAGGCUUCUGA